AUGGAUUGGGCGGCUGAGGUGGAAAGGAUUACACAUGGCCAUGGGGCAGACCACAUUAUUGAAGUGGCCGGUAUUCAGACAUUGCCGCAGUCGUUGCGGGCAGCUGCGUGGAACGGGAUGAUCCACUCCGUUGGCCAUAGUACUAACAUGUCUGAUGAGAAGAAAGAGUCUGCCCCUGAUGCUUCGGCAUUCUUCCUUGACAAGCCAUACACCCUGCGACGGGUCAUUGUUGGCUCGAGGGAGCAGUUUCAAGGUAUGCUGGCCUGCUUCACUGCACAUUCUAUCCGCCCGGUCAUAAACAGAGUCUUCGAGUUUGAAAAGGCACAGAAAGCAUACCAUUAUUUGUGGGAUUCGUCGCAUAUUGGGAAGAUCGUUAUUCGCAUUCCAUAG